GCCCAGUGCAGUGAGUGCCAGGCCAGACAAGGCACGCAAUUCUCUCUUUUUUUUUUAAUCCCUCCGCCAUACUUGUCCCCUUUCUCCCCGUCUUCACCAUCACCACCAAAACCACCUCUUCUUUUUUCUCUUCUCUUUCCCCUCUCCCCUCAAUUCACAAUGGCCGCCGUUGUCGCCGAUAAGAAGCCCGAGGGCAUUAACCUGUACGCCCGUUUCGCCCUCGCCGGUGCUCUCGGCUGCUCCAUCACCCACGGUGCUUUCACUCCCGUCGAUGUCGUCAAGACCAAGAUCCAGCUCGACCCGGCCACCUACAACAAGGGCAUGAUCAGCUCGUUCCGCCAGGUCAUCAAGAACGAAGGCGCCGGCACCCUCCUCACCGGCUUUGGUCCUACCUUCACCGGCUACUUCAUCCAGGGCGCCUUCAAGUUCGGCGGCUACGAAUUCUUCAAGAAGCAGUCCAUUGACUACCUCGGCCUCGAGACCGCCCGCGCGAACCGCGGCGCCGUCUACUCCUUCUCCGCCGGUGCCGCCGAGUUCUUCGCCUCCAUUGCCCUCUGCCCUCUCGAGGCCACCCGUAUCCGUCUCGUCUCUACCCCCGGCUUCGCCAACGGCCUUGUCGGCGGCUUCUCCAAGAUUCUCCGCACCGAGGGCAUCGGCGCCUUCUACUCCGGCUUCGGCCCCAUCCUCUUCAAGCAGAUCCCCUACACCAUCACCAAGUUUGUCGCCUUUGAGAAGUUCUCCGAGACCAUCCUCGCCCAGUUCGACAAGUCCACCUUGACCCCUGGCAUGCAGACCUCCAUCAACCUCGGCUCUGGUCUCCUUGCUGGUUUCGCCGCCGCCAUUGUCUCCCAGCCCGCUGACACCAUGCUCUCCAAGAUCAACAAGACCAAGGGUCUCCCUGGAGAGGGCACCAUCUCUCGCCUCGUCAAGAUUGCUGGUGAGCUCGGCCUCCGCGGCUCUUUUGCUGGUCUCCCUACCCGUCUCUUCAUGGUUGGUGGCUUGACUGCCGGUCAGUUCGCCAUCUACGGUGACAUCAAGAAGGCUCUUGGUGCCACCAACGGUGUUGAGAUUGCCAAAUAAGCAACUUGCUUCUUCUCUGAUAGAUGCGGCUCUUUGUUUUUAUUGGUGGUUUCAGCGUGUGAUUGAUUUCCGCUUUGUUUUCUUUUUUUUAAUACACCAAAAAAGCUUCGCUGAGGUUACGAUAGACAGGGUAGUACUAUAGAGUAUAAGGAUAAAAACUACUCUUUUUAAUUAGACCAUAGAUGAUGUACCCUUAGCAAAACGAUAGAGAAAUCAACAUGUAUACAAUUGCCUCUUAUCUCUUCUAAACCCAAUGGCAACUUUGCUUAUAUUCAUUUAUCGUCUAAGAAUAAUAGCUCUAGUAUAUGCAGAACAUGCUAACCAACCCAUGCCCAAAAUAUUGAAUCGAGUAGGUGUGUAUCUUAGUCAACUUCCCUGGCAAGCUCAUCCAGCGCCUUGGCCAAGCCGUCAACUGUCCCCUCAAGCGUCUGGACGUUUACAACAACGCGAAUAAAGCUUCCCUUGUCUCCAGGAGCAUAAUCCACCAUGAAUCCUCUGCCAAUUAGCUUCUCCACAAUCUUUUGCGUGCGGAUAGUAUUGACAGCUUUGUCGUCGGAAACCACUCCUCCGGGUGCAUGGUAAAAGCAGACCUGUAAGCACGGCGGCGGGUUAGUGCCCAGCAUUACAAACUGCCCCGUCUGCUCCACAAGUCCAAAGAGGCGCGAAGCCAUAUCAAAUGCAUGAUCAAUUUGCCUUUCAAAGCCGUUGCUGCCAUAAUAGAGCCAGGCCAGAGCUAGUUUGAAGCUGUCGCCGCGACGUCCACACUGUAGAGUCAAGUCGGCAAGGUCCCAGACAUCACCAUCGUCGGCUCCAUGAAAUAGGUAUCCAGCAGAAGUGCUGUUAGCAGCGCGGAGCUUACGUGUGUCGGGGCAUAGGAGGAACGAGCAGGUCGUGGGAACAGCCAUCAUCUUAUGCGGGUUCACCGUGAGAGAGUCUGCAAGGUGCGAGCCGCGAAGCUUGUGGCGAUGCUGCUUCGAAAAGAUGGCCGGUCCUCCCCAGCUGCCAUCGAUAUGCAUCCACAUGUUAUUCGCCUUGCAAAUGGCCGAGAUUUCUUCAAAUGCCUCGAAUGAUCCACGUACAGUGGUGCCAGCGGUGGCGUUGACGUAUAGCGGCGUCUUACCCUGGUCCUUGACCUCAGCAAUCAAACGUUCUAGAGCGUCAAUACGCAUGCACCCGUCCCCAUCAACAGGAACGGGUACUACGGCAGAGCUACCUAGCCCACAAAUCAUGGCGCUCUUUUCUACUGAGUAAUGUCCAUGGGCACUGGUGAAGAUGGCAAAGUCGUGUGCGCCGUUGCCAGUCGUCUUGCAGUCGGGGUAGAGAGUAUUGCGUGCAACGACGAGAGAUGUGAGAUUGGACGAACUACCGCCUUGGCAGGUAAUUCCUCCAGCAAACGGGCUGUCAAAGCCAUAAUACUUUGCAAAGGCGCGAGCCGUGGUCUUUUCAAUGACGGAGAGGGCUGGCGAUACCUGGAAAACGUGGAGCUAUCUUCUUAUCAGCUGGAUUUGUAGAGAGGGGGGACAUCGGGGUCGCACAUUUGUGUUAAGAACAGAGAGGAUAAUAUCGGAUAUCACGCCAACCUAGAGGCGGGUCAGUAGUGCAAAGCCUAUGGCAGUGGAGAGUAGUGCUCACAGCACUCUAUUAAUGACCUCCAUCAGACCGUCGGCGCCAACACCUUGUUCUGGGAGCGACAAUUUCAGCUUGGCAGCAACGGCUGCGGGCUUCUGGUAAUCGACAAGCACAUUGUUGCCAAGUGUGCCAUCGGGCUGCUGUGGAAUAUUCCCGGUUGCUUUUUCUACGGCCGAAUCAUCCGCUGCCUUGACGAACGGAAUGAUAAGAUCUUUUACUUGCGUGAGCAGCUACAAGACCGGUUAGUCCUCCGACAUUAUUGCCUUGGGUACGAGGCCGUCAUACCUCUUCGAGCUCGUCUGCGCGACUUAGCAGAGUGGGGUUCUCGGUAUGACCGUUUUUGUAGUGCCCAUUGGUUCCAUUUACAGUCAUGGCUGCAAUUCGUUCGCCCGUAUUGCUGUGUACUUGGAUAAUGGAUUGUUGUUUGUAGAAGCGUUGUCUCUGUCGAUGUUCGAGGAGGGAAACCGGCUCUGGGGGUAGCCGGUAAAAUAGACGCUAAAUUCAUCUGACAGCGCGAUAUUCUCGGCUACAAUUUUUCCCCUACUUAGCAGGGUAACUCCAUAUUAAUUGCCCGUGAAGGAUGCCGAAGGCUGAAAGCUUUUUUUUUUGGUAUUAGUCAAGCCGCUGCUCGUGUGAGGGAUUUGCAACCUCGACGAGCCGCGUUUGCUGCAUGAACCGGUCAAGUGAUUCUUUUAAUCCAUCUCGUCUACAGCCAAUAUAUCCGGUAACUCCUGCAUUGUUUACUGUUUUCCUGAUCCUUUUGCUGCACCCGGAAAUAUGUUGCCGACUCACCAUGCCAUUGCUUGUAACGCUAACGUAGCCCUGUAACACUGUCUUUGCGGCUCUGCGCCCCACCAUGGCGACAUAUGACGCCAUACUGCAUUGUGUAGUGCGGGCGGCGAGUGCUGGCGUAGCGUCAACAGUUAGUGUAAAUAUAUAGUGCGUUUAGAGGCGUCGUAGUGUAUAUGUGCAUUGCAUUUUGCAGUGUCCAACUGCGCAGAUGCUAUGCAGAGGGCAUAUGCUAACGAGUGCCAGCUGUCGUGCAUGUGUGCGCAAUGUCGGACCUAUGCAAGUCGCAUAUCCUCAUAUUCGUCUCCGUGUCUUGCCGGUAUUUGAGGCGUGAAGUAAAGAAACUCUUUGAUGUGCGCUUUGCUGCAGUGUAUUGUCAUACAUCCAGGACGUUUCGUACACCAUCAUUCGCCCACCAGAUAUACCUUGCACAUUUAGACAAGAACCUAAAUCGCUUUCAUUCGUUCCUUAGUGUAAGAGAGAUGUACCCUGUCACAGAGUACACAUACGCAUUACAUGAUCUUCAGGGCCUACGCAAUAUUCAUAUCGCGUAUCGCGGAUCUUCUUUGAUGCACUCCUUUUCAAGGAAGAUCACUCGUCCCAACAGCUUUUACCUGGUUGCAAUCGCUACUCUGCUCAGAACAGUCAUUGGCCACAAAAAGAAGAGCAAAAGUUCGUUGGCACUUCUUGCACCGCUAAGUGCGGCCCGUUGAUUACAUGCAGACAGAGGAUGGGUUACAUCGUCCUCCUCGUCUCUGGUGCCCAUGUGGUGUACUGGAGCUCCGAGGAAAUUCUUCACCAACGGCUCGGGCUGGCUUCCGCAUCGCUAGUUUUGCUGCUGCCUGCCAUGCCGUCCCGGCGGGACCGACCUCCUCCACCGAGCGGGUGUUUUUGGGAGUGAUAGGAUGGUCGUGGUGGUGCUUGUGGUGGUUUGGUCGGGGGGACCAUUGCCGCUUUCAUCCUGGCGCGGGCGCGACGGUGCGCCCACCAGCAAGAGGACCAAGCUCCUUCACCUCGCGCAAUGAUGCCACUACCCUUAUCUGCUGUACUACCUUUAAUGGUGGCGCCGAGUUCGAUAACCGAAUUUCAAUCACAGGAAGGGCCAUUUCGAAGCAUUCAAAAAUAACGAGAUGCGAGUGGUCCGGCCAAAUGGGCAUGCGGUAGCCGGACUUUGGCCGUGGGCUUGACGUGGUGAUUGCUGCCACUGAGCUGACAGGAGCUGAGCUUUGAAGCGGCUCGCAUCGAUGUCUUCCGGUCCAAUCGGUUGAUCGUCGACGGACAGGCUUGUUUGGCCACGACGCAGACAAGCCGCAGUGUGAUGGGAUGCAGGUGCGGUUUGGUUUCGGGAAAUUCCCUCCUUCCAGUGACAUUCCGACUUGCAAUAUCCCUGUCGGCAGUUGAAUGAGAAUCAAAUAGCGUGAGAUAUAGCAUGUCUCUUUAUUUAUUUUUUUACUGGCGGAUCCCGAGCAUCUGGAUAGAGCCCUUGCUGUUUGCCUCUUGACCUGCUUGCUCUGCUGGUCAUCUGACCUGCCUGUCUGUCUAGGGCUUCAGAUGGUGUUAUUAGCAAAUAGUGAGGGCAAUAGUCGCUACGCUUUUGUUAGAAGCCAUCGAGAUGCCCCCUGGUAGCGUGAGGCGCUACAGAAUGGGCUCAUCGAUGCCUAGGUCAAAAGCACGGGGCGCGCCGGGUCAAAUGGGCAAAGUUGUUGUUCCGGACCGCGAGUCUAGUUUGUUCUCGUCUAGGCUGUGGUAGUCAGCGGGAAAGUUGAGCAGGGAUAGGUGAACCGGGCGAAAUCGUUAGCACCGUGGCGAUGCCCCUGGUCAAGUCGUCGGUGUUGAAAAAAGGCCAGGGUCUAUUAGUAGGGUCGGCGGAGGACCGAGGAAGCGGGCCGCUAGUUGGUGGCGUUGUUUGUUGCAGGCAGCAAACAGUGCAACGGGCGUCACAGCGCAUUAGCGAGCACAAAGGAGAUAAAAAAAACGGCUGUUGGUGAACGGCAAGUCUGUCUUUGAGCGGGACAGUGGCGGUUGGUGUGCGUAUGCAGGCAGGACUGCGCGGAUGUGGCGACGAUAUCGAGCAAACACAGGGGGGAUAGAUGAGCCGUUACGGUGGAUGGACAAUUAGAGAUCAGACCAUCAUAUAGGAUUAACGACAAGAGUGCAAUUCAUAACGUGAUCCCCGCCAGCAGGGGAGCAAGGGGAGAAGCAUCGUCCAACGGCUGCUACUUUGGAUGGGGAUGUGAUGCAGGCU